CCGGCUCACUGCGCUCCUCUCACGCCGUAACAUCCGACACGCUGCAGCCCUCCGAAGUGACAAACAAGCGGAAUUAAUUCACAGAAACACAUCGAGAAAAAAAAAGAAAAGAAACGAAGGAAUACUUAAAACCGGAACAAGUGGAAGGAAUACAGCUUGUUUGUAACCAUAUAUAUUAUUUUUAUUAUUCGUUUUUCUUUUAAGUCAGUGGAAUUUUUUUUGACAUCAUGAGGAUUUUCGGUGUUGUGCUCCUCCUGUUUCACGCCUUGGUGGUGUCCCGAAUGGCCAGCAGUGCUGCAGUUGACAGGUAUGAGAGCGACAGGCAGCGGCACAGAGCUGUUUUCAAAUUUUUGGACACAACCAAAGAAAGAGCAGAGGAGGAGAGCGGAAGCGUGGGCGCGACCACAGUGGAGUAUGCUCAGGAAGCCGAGGAGGAGGAGGAGUACGACGAUGACUAUUAUGAAGAUGAAUAUGAAGAUGGCAUGUCUGGAGACUACGAAGUGGAAGUGCCACAAGUCGCCAUGUCGAGCAAACCCAAAGAUCCGUCUGCCAUCCUGGAGGCUGAAAACAAUGAAGGAAAGAGGAGGAGAGGAAAGGGGAAAAAGAGGGGGAAAGGCAAAGGAAAGAAGAGGAAUCCUUGCCUGAAGAAGUAUAAGGAUUUCUGCAUUCACGGCACCUGCCAGUACCUGAGGGACGUCCGUGCCCCAUCCUGUGUGUGCCAUCAGAGUUACUCUGGAGAAAGGUGUCAGUUUUUCACACUGCCAGUGGAGAAGCCGCAGGAGGGCUACAACCGGACCACAGCUCUGGCCGUGGUGGCCGUGGUGCUGUCGUCCAUAUGCCUCAUCAUCAUAGGCCUUUUAUUAUUGCUCAGGUUUCACAAACGGGGAGCGUAUGAUGUAGAGAAUGAAGAGAAGGUCAAACUAGGGUUAGCGUCCAACCACUGAAAAGAGACACAGAUGCGGUAAUUCUACCUCAAAAUAGAAAAAGAGAAGUGAACCGCAAAAGAGGGGGUCCUGGAGGAAGAAAGGCUCGUACAUGAAGAAGGGAACAGGGGUUGCUGUCGGCACGGAUUCUGCUAGAUGUUCAGAUGAAACAUGAACUGGCAGUCGAACAUAUUCCUGAAGGCAUCAGAAGAAGACAGACCACCUGGACCUGGAGUACUAUCAGCCCAGAGAGGGUGGACUGCAGAUGUGAUGAGCAAAAGUCGAUGACCACGAUGGAAUGAGACAAAGAAGAAACAUGUCUAGAGUAGACUCAGCGCUGCUUCUUGACUGUGUGAAAAGAGGUUGUUUCAGACAGAACUGAGCAAGAUAAGAUUUCUAACGAGAGCUCAACCUGGAAUUUUUUUUCUCUCAUCAGUCAGCAUUUUGUAUUUUUCUGCACUUCUUCAUCUUUUCCAUCAGAAUAUUUAUAAUUUUAAUUUAUUUAUUUAAGCUAACUCUAUUUAUAGAGAUUUUAACCAUCUUCAACAGUUUUUUAAAAUAAUUAUGUUGCAGUUGUUUUUAUAUUCCUUUUUGGACAAUAUAGUAUUUAUUUAUGAAACAGAAAGCAAACAAUGCAGAAGCUUUUUGAGAUAUUAUGUGUUUCAUGAAACAAGUUGACCCAUAAAUAUCUGAUUUAUGGCUUUCAUUUUUUGGCGCUCAAUAGCACUGUGAUUAAUAAAUGGAUCGUUGGUUGGACGCGAUCGCUUUCUUAAUUCUUCCGUCUAGUUUCACUGAGAGCAAAGCUUUUUACGAACACACCCAGCUCACACUCAAAACAGUUCCAUACAUGCACACCUGGAAGCUGCCCAGUACAACCAGUUGGAUCUGUCAGCCACUGAGCAGCUCCACUGUGAAAGUCUCGAGGAGAGGGUGGAUUGGUUCAGGGCCUUGCUUAAAGGCACAUCAGUGGUGGUAUUGAGGUAGGGGAAAGCGCUGCUCUUUCACUUUCCCCACUCAAAUGCAUCCUGCAAAUUUAGAGGUCUUAAAGGCCACAUUAGACUUAGUGUCCUGCCUCACAGAAGGCGACAAAAACUGCGCACUCAGCAUCUGUAUUGUUCAGCUUUCUGAGGGAGUCAAAUAUCCAAUGCACUGUAGCAAAACUUUGUUAUGAAUAUGUUGUCAUUGUCAUGUUGUCUUAGCAUCAUGUUAGGAGAAACUCCCUGAGAUCCAUGUUCAGCUGUCAAGCAAAAAAGGAAAAAAAAAAAAGAAAAAAAGAAUGUGAAUGAAAGUGUUUCGCCAUUUCAAAUAAUGUCCUGCAGAUUUUUGAAGUGACUGUUAUUUGUGUGUUUGUUUGUGCUUUGUUUUUUCAGAGCAAAAAUAAUAAUAAUAAAAAAAAAAAGAUUAGGAGAAA